UGCGCGGCGCGUUGAGUCCGCUCCGCGCUCGAGACUGCUGAGUCCUGAUUGGCGGAACAAACGCUACGUGGACAUAAGCAGCAACAGGUAGGCGCACAUGUGACCGUUAGCCUUUCAUUCUGAGGAAAACAGAGUGAAGAAAGAUCCGCGGUGAGUCAGGCGCUGAGAGGACCUGCUUAUCUCUCUUCUACAACUUCUACAACCUGCUGGAGACUUUUUAAAGGGGGGGUUGGACAGUUCAAGCUAGAUCUAACUCUCACUAUCCGACUGACUGUUUAUCUUCCACAUCACGGCCUGGGUGACUCAGGCAUGAAGUCCAAAGGGAAGGGGUCAAAAAGGACCAGAAGCUCCUGGGCAGAGCAGGAGCACCCCGACUUUCAGCUGGAGACAGAGGCAGGCUCCAGUGAGCAGGAGGGCUCUGAGGCCUCCCUGCAGCUGGAGGGGUCAUGGAAGGCCCUGGCCCUGAAGGCAGAAGGUAGCUCCAGAAUCGGCGGGAGACGCCGCAGACGCCAGCACAGCAGCGCCAAGGAGCGCAACGUUCGCAGGCUGGAGAGUAACGAGAGGGAGAGGCAGAGGAUGCACAAACUCAACAACGCUUUCCAGGCCCUGCGGGAGGCCAUCCCUCAUGUCAAAAUGGACAAAAAGCUCUCAAAGAUCGAGACUCUCACGUUGGCCAAGAAUUACAUCAAGGCCUUGACUGCCAUCAUCCUCGGCAUGUCCGGCGCCUGUCUGCCACAUGAAGGCACCCAGGGCGAAGAGAGCCCAUCCAAAAUCCUGCAACGCUACCAGCAGCACCUGGAAGAUGACAAGAAAGGCCAGGGAGAUCUUUCAAAGUACCUGGAGCAGAUCCACAGCUUAAGCCAAAGCAGUUAACCCCAGUUUGGCCCUCUGCCACGUCCAGCCCCAGUGACUCAAUCAAUACAGACUUGAGAAAAAGUGCUGUGGACACACCGGAAAGAGAGCAUUGUGGAAGAAAAGUUUUGGGUAAUGCUGAGCUUGUAGACUGGAAGUAGAAGGUCAGAUAUGACCAUAUAGAUCACCACAGAGACAACAGACUAAUAUUAAUACGCUGUGUUCGGAUGGUCCUCGUGAAAACUUCGUAAAUGUUCCUCAACUUUACGUCUUCAGUGUCAACUUCACCGCUCAGAUAUGGCCUCAUCACCAUCUAAUCCAUUCCCUGAUUUCAUGUGAACACUGCAAACUGUGCAAACUGGCAGGUUGAUAAAUGUUAUACUUUACACUUUAUACUUGAAUUGUGGCCAUAACACAUAAGGCAUCGGUAAGCAAAGAACUGUAAAUAUUACCUUUUUGCUAUGAAGAAGGACAUUGGUCCAUCCCAGAAGACAGGUGUUCAGGUGAUAAGCCUACUAGUUGCAGGUGGCACUUGAAUGCAAAUCAGAAAGAUAAUUUUCUCAAAUUCACAAGAACCACAUGAACGCACUGUAAAACUGGAGAGUAUACUUCAUGAAGGUUGUUUAAUGUCAAAUUCUCUACCUUGCCAAAUUGCAGCUCUGUAUCGUUUCUUUGUGCCAAAAAUGAAGCAAAACAUUCCUUGCUCUGAAGUCAUGGAAAUAGGACAAACACACACCUGCCCAUUAGCCAGCAAGAUGAUGAAGCACAUCCUGUAGAUUCUUCAGUAAUGAAGGUGAAUUGCAAUGACCAAAAAGUAAACCUUGAAUAACGUCAUUAUUUAUAGCCACAUUUAUUGAAAGGGCACAGGCCAUGCAUAUAUCAACACUGAGAGGUGUUUGUGUGUGUUUUAAUGUACCUAACAAUUACAGUGCAGCUUUGUUAAUUUUUUUUUUAUGGAAUUUUUUUUUAGGAGUUUUCACAUCAAAUGACUCAUGGGAGUUAGAAACAGAAGAAGAAGCCUUUUCCUUUAAAAGCCUUUAACACUCACAUUUCAGUACGGAAUGUAUACAGAAACAUGGUGCAAAACUAUACAAACUGUACCUUUUAUAUUAACAUUUACCCGUUACAACAUUUUCUAUAGACAUUUACCAUAAAGCCUUUUUCCUUUAUAUUUACAGCUGUAAUUAUAAAUAAUGCCCUAAAAUCAAUAUUUUAUAAUUGACCAUUCACUUUAUAAUGCUAACAUAAAAAUCUAUUUUAAAUGACAAUAACAAUCAAUCAAACACAGUAGCUCUGGCCAUAAUACAACUUUAAAAGAUGAAAAAUAAAUAUUCCUAUAACUCUUACUUGUGCUGCCUUUGAGUGUUACAGUAGAUGCAACAUAUACUGGGAGUUUAAGGAAGUCUUAAAAUUUCCUGAGAAAGGAAAACACUCCCCUAUCGAUGUCUAAAGGCUAAAAAGUAUUGCACAUGUAUUUCACAGCGACGUGACAGAAAGCUCAUAAUGACAGUCAACUGAAUUCAUGAUUUCCCAUGCAGUCCUUAAUCUCCUGAAGGCUACAGCUACAUUCACACAGCAGGUAAUGUGGCCCAAAUAUGAUGUUUUUGAUUUUAAACAUUUUAGACAUACAUCUCCUUGCAUUUUAGGCUUUUUUGACAAUGCAGACUUUGAUUUAUAUAUAUUUUUAAAUAUAUUUGAAACAUAGAGUGGUUGUGAAAUGUGCCUUUUAAUAUUGUUUGAUCAGAGAUAUCACCCCAAAUAUUUAUGUGGUCUGUUACCUUGAUAUCCCAACACUGAAAAACCUCCCUCACUGCUUUCAUACAUUUUCCUUUUCUGUAGUGAAUUUCUUCAUGUAAAAGUUGGCUGAAUCCUGAUCUGGCUGUUCAGUCUGAGUCACAUUGCCAUGUUUUGUAUGUGUAUUAGAUUUUAAUAUCUGUUCACACUCUUCCACUCCCCACGCAACAAAGAAAAUCUAUUUCUGAAUUUAGGCUACUUUUACCUGCUGUGUGUCCGUAACAUAAAUGUCCCCACAGGUCCCUUUUCAGUGAACUGAAUGUUUCUUAUUUAUUAAAAAAAUAAUAAUAUA